CUGAAUCCAGUCAUCAUGCCUAGGGGGCAAAAGAGUAAGAAUCGCUCUCGUGCAAAACGACAACAGGCACGUGGUGAGCUCCAGGGUCUCCCAGCAGUUCACCACACUGAAGAGGAAGCAGCAUCUCCUGUUGACCAGAGUGAUUGCUCUGACUUCACUGAUGGCCGUGCUCUACAGGGGGUGAAAACCCCAGGAUCUCUUAGUGCAGCUGUGUCCUGCACAGGCUCUGGUUUAGGUGUUAGCAAUGCUGUUGUUAUUCCUGGUAAGCAAAGUUCAGAUGCUACCCAGGCAGUAACCUCCAUUCAGCACACACUUAAAGAUCCUAUCAUGCGGAAGGCUAGUGUGCUGAUAGAAUUCCUGCUAGAUAAGUUUAAGAUGAAAGAGGCAGUUACUCGGAGUGAAAUGUUGGCAAUAGUAAACAAGAAGUUUAAGGAACAAUUCCCUGAGAUCCUCCGUAGAACCUCUGCACGUCUAGAGCUAGUCUUUGGUCUUGAGUUGAAGGAAAUAGAUGCCAGCACUCACUCCUAUUUGCUGGUGGGCAAACUGGGUCUCUCCACUGAGGGAAGUCUGAGUAGCAAUUGGGGUUUGCCCCGGACUGGUCUCCUGAUGUCUGUCCUAGGUGUGAUCUUUAUGAAGGGCAAUCGAGCCACUGAGCAAGAGGUCUGGCAAUUUCUGAAUGGAGUGGGGGUAUAUGCUGGGAAGAAGCACUUAAUCUUUGGGGAACCUGAGGAAUUCAUAAACAAAGAUCUAGUGCAGGAAAAUUACCUGGAGUACCGUCAGAUUCCUGGCAGUGAUCCCCCAAGCUACGAGUUCCUGUGGGGUCCCAGAGCCUAUGCUGAAACCACCAAGAUGAAAGUCUUGGAAGUUUUAGCUAAGGUAAAUGGCACUGUCCCUAGUGCCUUCCCCAAUCUCUACAAGUUGGCUCUUAGAGACCAGGCAGGGGGAGCAAGAAGGAGAGCUCAGGGUAGGGCAGGUGCUGUUGCUAAAGCCAGGGUUCAUUCCAAGGCUCUAUCCUAG